AUGGCCACCGCUAUCCCCGUGUCGGGCUCCUUCACCGAAUAUGCGCAACGCUUUGUGGAUGACUCACUUGCCUUUGCCUUGGGAUGGGCGUAUUGGUAUUUAUGGGUGACGAUCCUUGCAAAUGAGUAUAAUGCCAUCUCUCUCGUAAUCGGCUUUUGGACGGAUGCAGUUCCCCAAUGGGGCUGGAUUCUCAUCUUCUGGUUCUUGUUCCUCGGUCUGUCGAACCUGGGUGUGCUGGCAUAUGGCGAGAUGGAGUUUUGGCUGUCCCUAAUCAAAGUUUUGGCGCUCAUUGCCUUCUUCAUUCUUGCCAUUUGUAUCAGCACUGGAGGUGUGGGUCCUGGGCCCAUUGGGUUCAAAUACUGGCGUGAUCCUGGGGCAUUCGCAGAUUCCAUCAACGGCGUUGCGAAGACCUUUGUCGUCGCUGGAACACUAUAUGCGGGGACGGAAAUGGUCGGCGUCACUGCCGGAGAGUCGUCAAACCCACAGAAGGCUGUUCCCACCGCUAUCCGACAGGUCUUUUGGCGGAUCUUGAUCUUCUAUAUCGGCACUAUGUUCUUUAUUGGGAUUCUCCUCCCAUACAGCGAUGAGCGACUGUUAGGCUCGAGCUCAGACGCAGCCAGCUCACCCUUAACCAUUGCGCUCAAAGAUGCCGGCAUUCUUCCAGCGGCCCACCUGAUCAACGCCCUGAUCGUUAUCAGUGUCAUUUCUGCCGGAAUCGGCUCCUUAUAUGCCGCAUCGCGAACAAUGGUCUUCAUGGCGCGCAAUGGCAAAGCCCCGCGAUUUAUCGGUCGCACUAACGCUGCCGGCGUACCCUGGGUAGCAUUGAUAUUCACCAACAUCUUCACCUGCAUCGUAUUUCUUACUCUCUCAUCGGGCGCCAGCAAGGUCUUUACGGCCUUGAUUACUCUGUCGGGUGUGUCAACAUUCAUCGUUUGGUCUGUCAUCAGUCUGGCGCAUAUCCGAUUCCGAAACGCGAUGGCGGUGCAAGGGGAUGAUCCCGCUCGACUGCCCUUCCGAGCGGCGUUCUAUCCUUGGGGCACGUACCUUGCUCUGGCGGGCAACAUCUUCUUGAUUUUCUUCCAGGGAUAUACGGCGUUUCUGAACCCUUUCAGCGCGGACGAUUUUGUCGUCAAUUAUAUCUUGCUUCCGGUGUUCGUUCUGUUCGCGGUAGUUUACAAGUUUUGGAACAAGACGAAGAUUGUCAAGUUGGAGGAGAUGGACAUUUGGACUGGAAGGAGGGAGCUGGUGGAAGAAGGAGAUUUUGGGAAGGCAGCAACGUGGAGGUCAAGGAUGAAAGAUGUCAUUGUGGGAUGA